ACGAAACACCAUGCGAAACACAGCACAGUACAGACAGUGACGACUUAACGAGAAACUUAGCUGUUAAAAGUCAACAUUUGCCUGUCAGUUCGUUGGCAUCUCACAUUUUAUCAUAUUGUCACACAAAACCUAAUAAAUUAUUGAAGCCAUGGGAGGCCAAGCGAAGAGCAAAAAGAAGAGCAAGUCCAAAAAGACACGUUCCAAUGGAGUAGGUGCCGGGCUAGUGGCAUUUACUGCACAGGACCGCAUGCACGUGAGGAUGCAAGAAAAAGCAAAGAAGAAAACCGCCGAAAAGUACACCGUUGAACAGCUGUUGGAAAAGGUAGAAGAAAGCAUGGAUAACUUCGACCUCCCAAUGGCCCGUCUGUUUUGUCAACGUGCCUUGGACAUCGAGCCCACUAAUCUGGAGGUUCUGGAUAUGAUGGGCAACAUUUGUGCGGAGCUUGGUGAGGUGGACAAGGCCAAGCAAGUGUUUCUGAAGGCGGUGGAGCUGAGCCCUGAUCAGGGUCAUAGUAAGUACAUGUACCUGGGACAGAUCCACACCGGGCAGGAGGCCAUCAACUACUUCAGGAAGGGCAUCGAGAUCAUGACCAGCACUCUGGAUGCUCAGCAGCCCAGUGCUGCCUCGGCUGAGGGGGCGUCGGCCUGUGGUGAAGAAGACGGCCCCGCUGUGUCGGGAAAAGACCUCUCUGUGGCCUUCUGUUCCAUGGCAGAGAUUUACUUCACAGACCUCUGUAUGGAAGAGGGAGCAGCAGACAAGUGUAAAGAGGCCAUUGCCAAAGCCCUGGAGUAUGACCCCGUCAACGCAGAGGCACUGCAGCUAAUGGCCAGCUAUCUGUUCAGCACUCAGAACAUGGAGGAAGGAAAAGACUACCUGAAGAGGAGUGUGUCCUCGUGGUUGCCCAGUUUGAAACCGCAGACGGAGCAGGUGGCCACUUUACAGGAGGACGAAUCGGAACAGAGUGGGAUCCCACCAUACGAGUCAAGGAUCACCACAGCCAAGCUCCUGAUUGAGGCAGAGGAGCCAGAGAUGGCGAUGGAGGUAUGCGAGGGCUUACUGGAGGAGGAUGACGAGGUGGUGCAGGUCUGGUAUCUGCUCGGCUGGGUCUGCUACCUCCAGCGAGACAAACCAGAGGAAGCUGAGAGCUUUACCGACUCAGCCAAGACCUACCUCACCAGGGCCAAAAAGUUGUACGCGAAGCUGCGCUGUGACGACCCCCCCAUGCUGGAGCACGUGGAACAGCUGCUGUCGGAGCUGAGGCCCGAGGGUGCUGCUGAGGAUGAUGAUGAUGAUGAUGAAGACGGUCCUCCCAUAGAUGAUGUAGCUGAUGACUUCAUUCACAGCAGUGAUGAGGAAGAGGAGAACGCCAUGGAGCACUGAUGGCGUUCUGUCAAGUCCUCUCUGCAGUCAAUGCAUCUGUUAUUCAGAUUCACAUUCUCUCUCUCUCUCGCUCUAUCUCCCCCCUCCGCCCGUUUCUUCUUCUCUGUGUGUGUGGCGUGUGUGUGGCGUGCGUGCGUGCGUGCGUGUGUGUGUGUGUGUGUGUGUGUGUGUGUGUGUGUGACUGCAACUGCUGUGACUGCUGCUGAGGGGCCAAUCACAUAGCAGGUGAACAGCCAGCAUAGGUGCCAAGGAUAUGAGAGAAUACCAAACGCGGACAACGCACGCGCCUCAUACCGGAUUCCAUCAACACCCGGGGUGACUGCAGAUCGGUGACCGCCGGCGUCUCAGCAGAGUGCUAGGCUGCAAUCAGACCGGCAGUCGCGGUGUGAAAAAAAAUAAAAAAAUGCCACCCAACAUUACGUCUACUGCGAAGGCGUGAAUGUGUUAAAGUCAGACGUCGGUGGUGCAAGGCAAAAAAAAAUUGUGAAUACGAAAAGACUUUUCUUACAGUUUUUUUUUUGUUUUGUUUUUUGUUUAAGCAUAUUCACCAUGUGUCACUGUGUUGGGUGUAGGUGCAAGACAUGCCUUUUUUGAGAAGGAAAAGCGGUGGCACCUGAAAGUACAAAAUCAGACCAUUGGCCAUCCGUAGCUCAUCUAAAUGUCUGUCAAUCAGUGAAAAAAAGUCGGUUUCUGUGCCUGGACUAUCUAACACUGCACCCUUUUAGGCAUUUUGUCGUGUUUAGAGAAGGGUGUUUUGUAUCAUUUAGUUUUUUUAUGUAUCUGUAAAGGAAAUGAAAAAUUAUAUUACUUUUUUUGUAUGUGUGUCUGUAAUGUAUGCAUGUUAUCAAAAAUGAGAGCAAGAUAAGGAUUAAAAUGCUUUCAGACAAA